AUGGACUCUCUCGGCGGAAUGGGCUCUCUCGGUGGCGGCGACCCCAAGACGCAGAUUAUGCGCCAGGUCCAGCAGGAAGCUGCGAUGCAGAACGCUCGCAUGCUGGUCGAGAAACUCAACGAGCACUGCUUCGAUCGCUGCGUUCCUAAACCCGCCGCCUCGCUGUCCAAGGGCGAGGAGGGCUGCUUUACCGCUUGCAUGGAGAAGUACAUGUCCGCCUGGAACACUGUCUCCAAGACAUACGUCGCACGGAUACAGAAAGAGUCGCAAACCGGUGCCGCGCUUUCGAAUAGCUUUUAG